UCCACAGAGCAAAAUUGAAGUAGCCCAAGAACCGAGCUAAUCCAAGAGGACUAUUUCAGUGAGCGAAGAAGCUACUAGAAAGCCUGUGUGAAAGAGUGCGAUGAGGAAGUGGACGAUCCCUUCCGCUUUGCUUUUGCUUUGCCUUCUCUUUGUUCUGCCAGAUCAAGGUCGGAAAAUUCACGCCAAUGCGGAGGCUUCCGAUGAGGUUGUAGAUCCACCAAAGGUGGAGGACAAGCUCGGCGCUGUACCACAUGGCCUUUCCACUGAUUCCGAUGUCGUUAAGAGAGAAUCGGAGUCGAUUUCAAACAGAUCGAUCCGUAACAGCGCGGAGAAAUUUCAGUUCCAAGCUGAGGUGUCUCGGCUCAUGGAUAUCAUUAUCAACUCCCUUUAUAGUAACAAGGACAUUUUCCUCAGAGAGUUGAUCUCCAAUGCUUCUGAUGCAUUGGAUAAGAUUAGGUUCCUUUCUCUCACUGACAAAGAGAUUUUGGGUGAAGGUGACAACACUAAGCUUGAGAUCGAGAUUAAAUUAGAUAAGGAGAAGAAAAUCCUGUCAAUUCGUGACAGAGGUAUAGGUAUGACAAAGGAGGAUUUAAUCAAGAACUUGGGAACCAUAGCAAAGUCUGGAACUUCUGCAUUCGUGGAGAAAAUGCAGACCAGUGGAGAUCUCAAUCUCAUUGGACAGUUUGGUGUUGGUUUCUACUCUGUAUAUCUUGUUGCUGACUAUGUUGAAGUCAUUAGCAAACACAAUGAAGACAAACAGUACGUGUGGGAAUCAAAGGCUGAUGGGGCGUUUGCCAUAUCCGAGGAUACAUGGAAUGAGCCACUAGGACGUGGAACUGAGAUUAAAUUACACCUCAGGGAUGAAGCUGGGGAGUACCUGGAGGAGGGCAAGUUGAAAGAAUUGGUGAAAAAAUAUUCUGAAUUUAUCAAUUUCCCCAUCUAUCUCUGGGCAACCAAGGAGGUUGAUGUGGAGGUUCCAGCCGAUGAAGAUGACUCCAGCGAGGAAGAGGAAUCAUCUGAAAGCAGUUCUUCUGAGGAAGAAGAGGAUGCUGAGAAAGGUGAAGAUGAAGAUGCCGAGAAAAAACCAAAGACAAAGACAGUUAAGGAAAAAAGUUCCGAGUGGGAGCUUUUGAAUGAUGUUAAAGCUAUAUGGCUACGGAGUCCAAAGGAGGUGACAGAGGAGGAGUACACCAAAUUCUACCACUCUCUUGCAAAGGAUUUUAGUGAAGAUAAGCCUUUAGCUUGGAGUCACUUUACAGCUGAAGGUGAUGUUGAGUUCAAGGCAGUUUUGUUUGUGCCUCCUAAGGCCCCUAAUGAUCUAUACGAGAGUUAUUAUAACUCCAAAAAAUCCAACCUCAAGUUGUAUGUCAGACGGGUUUUCAUCUCAGAUGAAUUUGACGAGCUUUUGCCAAAGUAUCUAAACUUUUUAAUGGGUCUUGUUGAUUCUGACACUUUACCACUCAAUGUAUCGCGAGAAAUGCUUCAACAACACAGCAGUUUGAAAACAAUUAAGAAGAAACUCAUCAGGAAGGCCCUUGAUAUGAUCCGCAGAAUUGCUGAAGAAGAUCCAGAUGAAGCCAAUGACAAAGACAAGAAAGAAGUUGAAACAUCCAGUGAUGAUGAUGAGAAGAAAGGUCAAUAUGCCAAAUUCUGGAAUGAGUUUGGCAAGUCCAUUAAACUUGGUAUUAUUGAGGAUGCAACUAACAGGAAUCGAUUGGCUAAACUUCUCAGAGUCGAGACUACAAAGUCAGAUGGUAAAUUGACUUCAUUGGAUCAGUAUAUCUCAAGAAUGAAAGCGGGUCAAAAGGAUAUCUUCUACAUUACAGGAACCAGCAAGGAACAAUUGGAAAAAUCUCCAUUCCUUGAGCGGCUUAAGAAGAAAAAUUUUGAGGUUAUUUUCUUCACAGAUCCAGUUGAUGAAUACCUGAUGCAAUACCUUAUGGAUUAUGAAGACAAAAAAUUCCAGAAUGUGUCCAAGGAGGGUCUGAAACUUGGGAAAGAUUCUAAAGACAAGGAACUCAAGGAAUCAUUCAAGGAACUCACCAAAUGGUGGAAGGGUGCUCUUUCCGCUGAUAAUGUCGAUGAUGUGAAGAUAUCAAAUCGUUUGGCUGAGACACCUUGUGUGGUUGUGACCUCCAAGUAUGGAUGGAGUGCAAACAUGGAGAGGAUUAUGCAGUCUCAGACUUUAUCAGAUGCUAGUAAGCAAGCCUAUAUGCGUGGAAAGAGGGUACUCGAGAUCAACCCAAGGCACCCAAUUAUUAAGGAGCUCCAGGAGAGAGUGGUGAAGAACCCUGAGGAUGAGAGCGUAAAGCAGACAGCACAGCUUAUUUACCACACUGCACUCAUGGAGAGUGGCUUCACGCCUUCUGAACCCAAGGACUUUGCAGCUCGUAUUUACAACUCAGUGAAGUCUAGCCUAGGCAUCAAUCCUGAUACAGCAGUUGAGGAGGAAGAUGAAGUUGAAGAAGUUGAGACUGAAACUGAAACAAAAGAAGCUGCUGCUACUACCGAGGCUGAAGCUGAUGCUGUUAAGGAUGAUGCAGAGACAGAGCCUUCUGCUGUCAAGGAUGAGUUGUAGAUUGCCUGAAAGCUGGGCGACUUCUUCUUCUUCUUCUGCCCUUUUUUGUUUUCCCCCCUUAGGGUGAGUUGUCUCAAUAGACAACCCCGAGACAGUGCAUGUCCCUUUAUUUUUUUUUUUUCUUGGUUUCAGUUUAAGGAAGCAUUAGGUCAGAGAUGUUCUGUAAUCAUAUGACUAAGAAUUUUGUUCUUACCACCUAGUUAAUGAGUUUAAAGAUUAUUAUGUGUAAUUUUAUGCAAAA